GCUUGACUCCCGCCAUCGCUAUCCUUGACCAAGAGGUAUGUCAGUGAGUUAGGAACGAGGAUCGAAAAUUCGGAUCAGAUUAAUAACAUGUGUGACUCGCCCAAAGGUAAGAGGAACAAGCAAAGAUAAUUUAAACUGGAAGGUCAGAGCAACGGGAAUUCCUCACUUGAUCGAAAAGUAGGAUCAUAUGUGGUGAAUGAAUUUACGAUGGAGUAUCAUGGGGGUUUGGCCAUAGAGAUGGAGAUUGGUGGUGGUAAGAAAGAGAAAUGUGGAGAAAACUCCAGCGUGGUGGUUGUGAUAGGAGAGGGGAAAGGAAGAGAAGAAGAAAAGGGAGAGGAGGAACAAAACGAGACAAGAAAGAAGCAAAGGAGGCCGAGGAGAAAACAACAAGGCAGUAACAAUCGUGUUGGUUGAGGAAAAAUGGGUCACUUGUAAAAGGUUUGGAGGGAGUAAAUGCCAGGAACACAUGCAGAUGAACAGGCAUCCCAGCCAGCAACACCACGGCACGGGCUUUUAGCCGGUAGAUCGGGCAUGGAUGGAAGUGGAUGGAUGCAUGUAGUAUGAGGGAUGAACGGAGCGAUCGGGAAAGGGAGACACGGACGACCAAUCCAUAGAGCCUUGCCAGAAAUUGAUGUUUCGAAGGGCGAAGAAGCUUAGACCACGAGAUCAAACCAAUCCAGCCAUUGGAGAGGUAAAGAAUGAAGAACAAGACAGUGCAAUUGAGGACAUUUGAGGAAAGCUGCGUGGGUGAGGCGACAGCAGAAAAGGGACUGGGACCAUGAGAAACUUGGGAAGAGAAGAGAGCAGGGCAAUGCGCAGCUCGAAGGCAAGAGAGACAGAGACUCGGAAGUUUUUGUUACUUACCCCGGAAUUCCAGGAAAGCAAAG